AUGGGAACGACAGAGCUGUUGGAAUCGAUCCUUCUUCAGCUAGACCUCAAGUCACUUCUCACGGCGCAGGAAGUGUGUCAAGGAUGGCGCCAGACUAUCGAUCAGUCGGUCCAGCUUCAACAGGCCCUGUACAUCAGACCAGCAAAAGGCUGCCGGAUGAAGCGCGCUGUAAACCCGCUCAUGGAAGAGGUCGUACUGCAACAGCUACUGCUGCGAUCCAGGAACUAUGUCAUUCCCGGCCAAUGGCCCAAUUUCGAGCCGUGCUUUCGUUCACAGGCAAGCUGGAGAAACAUGCUCCCCCAACAACCUCCCACGUCUACAAUCGGAGUGGUCGAAGUUGAGCAGUAUGGAAGCUACCGGUUCUCCAAGCUCGCCGUGAAACCGGGAUCAGUGAGGAUGGAGCAAAUACUAGAAGCAGUCGAAAACGGCAUUCUGAUGCCUACCCCCACGCACAGAGUGUUCUGGACAACCGUGUCUCGGUCACUGAACUUCGAAAUCUGGGGACAGAACUGGAUCUCAACCGAGGAAAUCCCGGAAGAAGGUUCCUCGAUGGCACCGAUGAACCUCGCCGUCGACUGGGACACGCUACGAUUAAGCAUCGCCUCCACCUGCCUGGAACAAACCGACUGUGACAUUGUCAUAGUAUCUGAAUGGGCCCAUCGCCUGUUUCAAGACACGGCUUAUGCCUGCCACAAAUCGAAAUUGGACAACUGGCUUGAAAGCAAAUUUGGCGAAUGUGAGGUCGUUUCCGCCCGUGAGCCACGGUGUCAUGUCUUCAAGGCGGGAAAAGUCCCUGUGCUCAGGCGACUGUGUGAACGGUGCUGCUGUUUUGCAGGCUUCCCGAGGAGGCUGAAUCCUGCUUAA